AGCAGCAAGCCACCGAUUCUCUCGCAGGACAACCUCUUCCACCCGCUGUCCAAGAGCCCGAUCCCGGCGAUGCGGGCGCGCGGGGACCGGAUCCGCAAGCUGGCGCCCUGCCCCGUCAGCCUCAACCGCGACGGCGUGCGGCGCAAUGUCAACUUUGAGUGCCCCGACUGCGGCUGGCCGACGCACUUUAGCGAAAAGGAGUGGAGCGAGGACCCGGACCAUGCAAAGUACGUGGCCCGGCUGCGCGAGGCCAACGAGGACGAGCACGACCUGCGGAGCGGGCGGGAGAUGAGCGAGUUCAGGCUGCCGGGCCCACAGGGCAUCGAGGAGACCAUCAACCUGUCGUCGUGGGACAUUUUCUUCUACACGCGCAACUUCAACUCGAUUGAGACGGACCGGUCCCGGCGCCAUGUCUCGCGCCUUCUCACCUUUCCCUGCACCGUGGCCGGGGUGCUGCACGAGAACAGCGCGCUGACGCGGCGGAGCGGGCGCAUGACGCACGAGGGCCUGCGGAGCAUGAUUGCGCUGCGGCAGACGCUGCACCCGCUCCAGGGCAGCAAGCCGAGCCUGGAUGUGAUGCGCAUCUUUGUCGUUGGCGCGCGAGCCGAGUCGUCGCUCCCGCCGUCGGUGUGGGACCAGCUGACGUACGUGUUCCCCGGCGUCGCCUUUCACAUCUUUCUCAUUGGGCCCGAGGCCGUGCUGGCGGACCACAAGCCGGCGCCUUCCUCCUCGUCGUCGUCGUCGUCACCGUCAUCAACAGUCUCCAUGCACAAGGGCCGGCACCGGACAUCCAACUACGGCGUGCCGUCCAAGACGGUCGUCAUCUCCGAGGGCCUCACCCUGACGACGCUGCAGUGCCGGUACGAGGAGGUGCACAGCCAGCUGGAGCCAUUUGACCCGUACACCGACGUCUUCUUCGCCUUCAGUCCUGGCUUUGGCUUCCCCAGCGUCGUCGGCCAGAACGAGGCGGUGCGGCAGCGGUGGGAGGCGCAGGACGAGCGGCAGCGCAUGCAGCCGUCAGCAGCAGCAGCCGCUGCCGCCGCCCAGCCAGCAGGAGGAGACACACCGGCCCUUGAGCCUGCACCAGCACCAGCAGCAGGCCCGACGUCGGCCGAGAGACCGCAGGGCAGCUACACGAGCCUCACGGCCGCGCCCAUCGUCCAGGCCCAGCGCGAGUGGGCCGUGGCCCUGGGGCAGAUGCUGAGCACAAAGUGCGCCCUCGUCUCGACGGGCUUCAGCCCCGCCGACGUCGAGCGCGACAUCCUCGCCUUUGAGUCCGUCGACGGCAUCCAGGGCGAGUUCGAGUGGCUCGUCAACCCGGGCGAAAACGUCUUUGCGAGCCAGCAGUGGGCCGUCGCCGACUUUGACCCGCGCGUGGCCGUCAAGGCAAACUGGGGCCUCUGGGCCGUGCGCGGCAAGCGCUACGACAUCGAGGGCCCC